AACAAUGGCAAUCAAAAACCCUAGGAAAUGGCGGUUCACAUGGGAAGCCCAAUCUCACUCUCCAACCCUCAGAUUAUUCAUCUUCGAUUCUCAAACAAAUCCAUCAGUUCAAUGUCAAGACCUCAAAGUCAUCCUCAAUCUCUCACAAUCUCACGUCGUCAUUACGUGGGUUCAUCAACAAGGGACGCUAAAUGAAGUCUCGCUUUUGGCUCCGUUACCCAAAGUUCUCAUCGACUUUGACUCUCCAAUUAGCUACCGAGCAUUGAGUGACCACAUUGAAGUCAAGCUCCUGCUGCUUCUUCCUGUCGAUCACCCUAUUGUUUCUAGCAUUGAUUCAGUACUUUAUUUAACAGAAGAUAUUCGAAUUGCGUCAUCUGACGUGGCAACGCCACUCGUCAUGGAUUCUGAUUUAAAGAGUCUGUCGGCAAAGGCGGAGGGAGUACAUUUUUACUGCAGAAGUUGCUCGACUAGGUUGACUAGAAGACCUCUUAGACAUUUUGUGGAAAUGCCAUCAGUUAACUGGCAAGAGACGGCUGACAACUGGUUUGGAGCUUGCUGUUGUUCAUUUGGUGGGAUAAGUGAGAAGUUGGUAACCAGGUAUGCAAAUUCCUACAUAUGUGUAACAGAUAUGUGCCUGUUAACGCCCACAACUGUUACCCUUUUCAAGGGUGAUCUUGAGGGAUGUAAAUUUUCUGACUCUGAUAAUGGCCAAAAGUACCAGCCAGUACUGGAUUGUAAUGUUGAAGAUUGUUCUAGUGAAUCAACACAAGCCUCUGGAUGUAAUCAUGGAAAACUUGCAGGCUGCGACUGUCAAAGCGAUAAAAUGCACAACCUUAAUGGAAAAUUAAGGCUCAUGUCUCUUAAGAAUGAAAAUGUUAGUACAGACCUUAAAUGUGAAGUUAAUGAGGGAGAAACUAAUGGCAACAACCUAUUUGGUAUGUUACCAAUAUCUGAUUUAUCUGACAAUGUUGCAUCUUCACCUGGAUGUUGUGUUCAUACAUGUGAAAUUCCAGAAAAUUGCGAACGUACUGUGCCUGAAUCUUCUCCACUAGAUCAAAAAACUAUGAGAACUAUUGAACUAAUGGAAGAUCAGAGAUCUUUUCUCAAUGGCUUUCUUGGAAAUAUUUUCAUGGCCAAAUCCUACAAUGUCUCAAAGAAUAUUAACUGGGUUGAAUAUUCAUGUCCCCAGUGUUCAUCUCUUCUUGGAGCUUACCCUUGUAGUAGUGGUGAUGCUCCUAUAGAUUGUGGCGUUCGACUCUUUAAGUGUUACCUUUCCACUUGUUUGCCAGUCGGUGGAUCAGGUGACAUGUUUCGGAAUUAUACCCUGGAAAGAAUGUUCACAAAUCAGCUUCUUGAAAGUGCCCAAGAUGAAUUAUCAUUUCGGACAGUGGUAAGGGAUUUGAACACCAAAUCUACCAUGCUACAAAUUGUUCUCAUAAAUCCCAGUUCUUGGUGCUGUACUGGUUAUUGUUUGGGUGAGGACAGCUCCAUGGAACCAGUGCUCAAGUUAGAUCUACACCCAAUUAUUAAGGUGUUGUUUUCUGAUUGCAGCAGCAAUUCUGAAUCUCAAUCAAGGAUGUUAGAAGAUUGGCUAACAAAGAAACUAGCUGAUGAAGUUUUCAUGUGUAGACAUCAAAUAGAAGAGUUGAUUGAAGUUCUUGCAUCUGUAAAGGAUGUUCUUCCUCCUUCAUGUUCUUCCAUCCAAGGUUUACCAUUGUCAUCGAUGCGGAGGUAAUGAUUAUCUGUUGGGUUAGCUAUGACCCUCUACCGAAGCCCAGUUUGAUAAAUGGAAGGGGAUUUGAAAUUUUUAAUGUAAAGCAAAAUGUAUUUUUCCCUGUUUGGGGAAAUAUUAGAUACUAUAAUUUAAUUUUCUGUGAUGAUGCUGGACAGGCUGAACCUGUUUAAGAGGUGUAGAAGAAAUUAUAAAUCUUGUUUUUUUGUAAGACUGCUUAAUUGGCCCUCCAUCUUGUAAAUGUGUUCUGAAUCCUUUCAGGAAAGGAAAAGUUAUU